UUUACCGAACUUCAAAUGAAAUCUCAAUUUCUCGAAGUCACCGGGUCCUCUCUUCUCGACCGGCCCUGGUCUCGCGGGUCGAUAAAGGCUCUCACUCUCUCUCCCGCUUCCACACAACGCGCAUCCUCGACGAGGGACGAGGCGGACGAGGAACGGCCGAGUAGAACGGAAAAUCGUCGAGUUCUGUCAGUGGCCUCUCGGACACGGAAGGAUCGAAAGUGGAGAACGUUCUGCGGUAGAACGAAUGUUCCUCCAGCGCCUCGACGUCCCGAGGCUUCGUCGCGCUCACGGCGCGAUUUGCACGGUAACACUUGUGCCCAAGAGAGAUCCAGACUGAACUUGAACGGGAGCCGUCAGCUCUCGAAAAGCGCCACGGAGCUCCGGGACAGCGAGAUCGUGAACAGCUCGCCAUCGAGGCGGGGUGAUGGAUCGGGCGAGUCCGGUACCGUCCAUCAUCGGCAUCAUCGUCAUCACGGCACGGUGGCACAGCGCACCCAUACCUUCUUCGCGACUCUGAAGAGUCGCUGGGCGCGCAGCAGGAGCAAGGAACGGAAGAAAUCUAAGGAUGCCGGCAGCGUGCCGGACGCGAGCCAGCUCAAGAAUCCUGGUAUCGAGUCCGACUAUGCCGCCGAUUACUCCUCCGAGCACAGCAGAAGUUCAUCGGCUACUCAGAGCCCGGCCAGGCACUGCCUUAAUCGUCCAGAAUCUCCGUUGGCACGCGGUAGCCGAGAAAAGCCUGUGAUCGUGCAAGAGGACGUCGGAAAAUGCGGUGAAGGAUUCUCCAAAGGAUCCGUGAGCUUUCAGAAGGAAGGGCAUAUGGGCGAGGAAUCUCAGGAUGGCGACACCUUUCUACAGGACGAGAUGACGCGAAAGAGAGAACAGGCAUUGAGACAACAUGCCUUCUUCCAACUUCGUUUGCACAUAAGAAGAGGCGCAAAUCUCGUUGCGAUGGACAGAGGCGGCGCCAGCGAUCCUUAUGUGAAAGUAAAAUGCUCAGGGCGAUUGCUGCACAAAUCACGAACCGUUCAUCGUGAUUUGAAUCCAGUGUGGGACGAAAGUGUCACCUUGCCUAUAGAAGAUCCUUUCAACCACUUACUAUCAAGGUUUUCGAUUACGAUUGGGGUCUGCAGGAUGAUUUUAUGGGAGCAGCUAUGCUGGACCUUACGCAACUCGAUCUUGGGCAAUCUCAUGAUAUAACGUUAGAACUUAAAGAUCCGGACAGACCAAAGCAACAUUUAGGUGAAAUCUACCUGACCGCCACACUUUGGCCAAGAAAUCAACAAGAAAAAGAACAGGUAACUUUUACUUUUAUCCUUUCCAAUUUAAGCAGAUUCGUUUAAGAAAUUUUUUAUCUUUUAUUUUUCAUUUAGUUGUACGUAUUAAGUAAGAGGGGAGGAGUGAUUGACUAAUCAAUCAUGAUAUCAAAUAUUUAAAAAUACAAAAGAAAUUGAAGAAAUGUUAGAAAUAGCUCCGUAAAGAAUUAAGGGGGUGAUAAACUAACAAUAAGUGAUCACGUCGAUCGUUCUCGGUCUAGGUAGAGAGAUGGAUGUGUCGUGCGUAUAUUUAUAGCGUAUAUACGAAGAAUGGGAAACUGGGUUGUGAGGAAAGUACGCGCCCCCGCGUCCGUAUUACGGUAUCGACUUGUCGUUGAAAGUGGAGUGCAAGGCCUGGCCCUUAUCGCUCCACUUAUGUAUUAACUAUUAUUAAGCGCCAUUCCGCGUGGAAUAACCAAGUGAGAAUUCCCGGGCGUCAAAUCCAAUUAUUUACUUAUUAACCGUCAGGGUCGGAAAGUAGUUCGUUACUUGUAAUAAAGUUAGAGUUACUUUUUUCAGAAACUUCAACUUCAUUCCUUUUUUUUCUAUCUAUAAUUGUAACUUGGUUACAUUUUUUUUAAUAACUAGUAACUUAUUUAUAGUAGUUGCUUUUAUAAUUAUUUUAUAUUUUACUUAUUUGUCAACAAAUUGACUGCAUUCAGCGGAAUAAAAUGAUAAUUUAUCUUCGAGAAUAGUUAUCAUAUAAUUAUUAAAUUUGACUUUAUUUUUAAAAUAAACUCCGGACUUAGUUCGCGAUGAUUCUAAUACGAAGUUUGAAUUUGACGAAUUUUUAGCUAAAUAUUGAUAAUUUUGAUAAUAUGUUACAAGUAAAUAAACAUUAAUUUAUUAUAAAUUGUUAAUUCCGUUAAUAUAUAAAAUGCAUUUUGGUUUUAAAAUAACUGUGAUUUAUUACAUACAAAAUAGUGUAGUACGCAAUCGAAUCGUUUAAUAUAAGAUUUAGUAACAUUAGAAAUUAAAAAUUCUUAAAUUUAAAAUAGUAAAGUGUAAAUUUUACUUAUUCUAAAUGAGUUGCACUUAAGUCUAAACUUCGUAAUUGCAUAAGCUACAGUCUAAUUUUACAGUUUAAUUUGUGUUAGUCCUAAAUAAAAACACAAAUAAUACUUUUGAUAAAUACAGUCUAAUAAGAGCGUGUCUUUAAUAAGAGCGUGACCGACAUAAUUUUCAGUUAUAUAAAAAACGUUGCAUUGCAAAUCUAAGUGUGUUAAAAAUACUACAUUCAUUUGAUUUAGUUUUCCGUAUAACAAUAAAACGUGUUAAACUACACGUUUAAAUAUGUAAAUUCAUCUUUUUACGUAGUAUAGUGUAAACUAAAUUAUACACAUGAAUAAGGCAUUUUUUAUAUACUUGGAUUUACAUUACAGGUGUGGAAAAUUCUGAAGAAUUCAUGUUUGACAUAUUUUUAUAUGGAAAAAA